CAGAUAUGUUUGUUAAUUAGUUUUGGUUAGCUCUUUAAGCCGUAUCGUCUAACCCUCCCCCGCCACACUCUGCCCUUUGCUCCUCACUGCGCCGUCGCUGGAGCUGAUCCUCUUCAUCUUGGUCGAUUUACCUUCUCGGUUUGUAGAGAUGCCGCUGGGUUUGAUAAUUGGAUUAGGGAGAGCGAUGCGGAGGAAGAGGACAUCUUCGCUUAGUAUACUGUCAUCAAAAAGAGCACCUCGGGAUUAUUACAAGGGAAAGAACUGCAAGCCCACUGGCUUCCAUACUCGUAAAGGCGGCUAUGUUGUGCAGGAUGAGAAGUUGCCUCGUUAUGUUGUCCCUGAUCUAACUGACUUCAAGCUCAAGCCAUAUGUCUCACAGUGUGUUAGAGAAGCUGCUUCAACUGCUGCUUCAAACAACACUGAAUCCACUACCACUUCAAACUAAGCAGAGAGAGACCAAAGAAGAGGGAGCUAUCCUUUGCUGUAUUAUCGGUAUUUAAAUUGUUUUAUGUUCAGUAUUUUGUGGCCUUUUAAGGAAUCAGUCUUGAAUUUGUUUAAAUUUGAAUUUGAUGUGAGUUUUUUAAAAAAAAUCACGCUCCAUGGCUUAAGUUUUUUAAUUAAAUUCGCUGACAUUUGAUUAGAUUUUAAGUGGUUUAUAUUA